AUGUCGUCCUCUGUCCAGAGAACGGUCACCCCGAAUCUAUCUACAACUGUGGCUAUUACGCCAACCAAUCACAUUUUAGCAUCCGCCUUUGAUAGCCCUCCCGGUCUCACUGAAAAAGCAGAGCCCGGCGAGUUCCACUGCGAUGAGAUUCUCGAUAACUUCAGAUUACUCACGAGGAUCACCGUAGAAGACGAAAAGGCAACCUCAAAACUACACACUGGUACGAAGCCAUUUAGGGCGUACGACCUCUUCAAUCGCAGAUGGACUGGAGGACACAUCUACUGCCACGACCUCGAAUCUUUUUUCUAUGUGCUCUUAUGUCUCUGUUCGAGGUACAAGGGUCCUGGAGAGCAGGUGGACGUUUCCAACAAGCCACUUCCAUAUGAUUCUUGGUUCACUGCAACGUAUGAGCAAGUACGACUGACAAAAAUGGACUUGCUUACUGAACCCCGAUUCGAACCUGAAGUCACGGACUUUUUUCGUCAUUUCGAGUCUUGGCUGGCUCGGAUGCACGACCAGCUUUGA